AUGGAUAUCCCUGGUACAGAUCUCAGAAGAAUGGUGUUCAGAGCUUACGGGGUUAACUUUGCCAGCAAGACCGUUGCACCGGUGAAACACCACAUUCAUAACCAGUUUGUGCAGGAGUUCUUCCACGGCCCUACUGCUUCGUUCAAAGACCUGGCCUUGUAGUUGAUGCCUUAGCUCUUCAGCUAUUGUCUCCCACAAAUGUGCAACUACCUCAUCCUUGUGGCAGCAUCCGGUGACACAGACAGUGCAGUGCUGAGUGGGUUUGGCAGCCUGAAUGACCUGGACCGGCAGAGGGUCGGCUUGCUAGUGUUCUUCUCAGAGGAGUGA